GCAUGACAACCCGCUGUGUUGUUUUCAUUAGCGGCACGCGAUUGACUGCAAAACAGCACAGGCAUAUUUCGGAAAAGCUGAAAAUUUACAGCAAUUUAAAAUGUCGCUUGCUGCGGCGAGUGGUACGGGAAGAUUUUGGGCACGGUCAGCAAAAACAAUUCGCUUUGUCCGGCAAGGAUGUACGAAUCGGCCAUUUUUCCACAUUGUAGUAAUGGAGCGCCGCAAAGAUCAAUACCAACCAGUCAUUGAACAAGUGGGAACGUAUGAUCCAAUUCCAAACGAGCACAAUGAACAACUGGUAUCGUUUAACUAUGAACGCAUCCGUCAUUGGAUUGGUAGCGGAGCCCAUAUAUCGAAGCCGGUGGCGGAGUUAUUAGGUAUUGCCGGCUUGCUUCCAGUCCAUCCGCGGACCUAUAUGACCGCGUGGCGAAAUAGACAAAUGGCUGAGAAGCUUGCACAGAUCGAUGCGUUAAAAAAAUCGGAUAACGUCGAUAGUACAACAAGCAACAGUUAAA